CAAAGGCAAGAACGGUCUGCAUGACUUUGGAAGAAGAAGGCUGCAUAUGGGCACCAAGCAAAGCCAAGAGAGGCUCAGAGAUUGAAGAGGAACAAAAGACUUUCUGAAGCGGGUGGACGCAGACUAUGCUGCCAUGGUCCAGAGGGCGUGCACUGACCCCAACAGCCUCCUUCAUCCAACCACAUGCCAACAUAUCUCCAGAUAUGUAAAGCAUCUGGCCAAAUUAAAAAACACCAGCUCCUCCCUCAAUACCAGCCCAGAGAAAGUUUUGGAGACACAGCAGCUGUGGCACAGUUUGACUACAGGCAGUCAAACGACCAGCGUGCCUGUCGUAACUCUACCUCCUGCUACUUUCAACCCUUCACCUGCUGCUCCACCCCAGGAGGAGUCCCUGAGCCGGGCUACAGUGGAGCGGAUUGUAGCAGAGUUAAUGCAAAAACAACAACAACAUCAGCAGCCGCAGCAGCAGCAGCAGAAAAAAAAGACCAGGAACUGUGUAGCCUGUGGUCAGCCCAAGUCCCGGUAUCUUGGCGAUGGCUCAUCAGUUCAUUUCUUUUAUCAGACACAAACAAUCAAAUACUUUUACUGCUCCACAAAGGUGUUUAAGACAUAUGCAGACGAAGGCCUCACAAACCCUCGGAUGUCUUUUGAGGACUUUGCUGCGUCUCCAUUCUUUGAGCGGGAGCUGGAUGCGCCAGACAGAGGGGGGCUGAGUGGAGGAGGGUGGCAGAGGAGAGGGCAAAGAGGAAGUCAGAAGUGCAGCUUCCAACAGGUCGCCUGUGCAGGUUCUGUCAUCAACCCCUAAAGCAGGGCCCUGACAGCCCUCACGUACAUGACAGCUUCCCCGGGGUACCAGGGAAAUACAUCUACUGCCCCUCCAGAGUGUUCUCCCCCUACAAGGCACAGGGCAUGGGGAAGGAGAUGACCUGGGGGGAGUUCAAACUGUCGGACUUCUAUGAGGCUGAAAGGGACAAAUGGGUGGCAGAGAAAAAAAAAUGAACACUUCAACUUCAAAUAUACCCUCUCUCUCUCACACACACACACACACACACACUACUGUACUUAGUCAGGACUGUUUCAUUGUGAUAUUUUAGUUUAUUCAACUUUAUUCACCUUCACUGGAUAUCUGGUCUGAAUCAUCAUCAUCACUUUUUCAUCAUCACAUCACAGUCUCUCAGUUGUUCACAUGCACUCUUCUGUAACAGUGUAAAUAAGUGUAAUUUUAUUUUACACAGUGUGUACAUUUUUAUUGUGUGUUUUAGAUUUGUAUUGUGUUUUAGA